AUGAGUGACGAAACUUUAAUGAAAUAUUUAAAAACGGAAAAUGAGAGAGAUGUAUUAAGGGUUAGAAGAUUGAAGAGAAAACGCAUUGACGAAGAUGGUAAUAUAACAUAUUAUUAUGUUGAUUUAGCGACGGUGGUGGUAAUAUUCGAUGGUGUAAGAUUGCCAAGGCAUGUUUCACUUUUCCAUGUAUACAGAAUACCCGAACUGUAUAUAGCACCGGUCAUACAGUGCUACAAAUGCUGUAGAUGUGGCCAUACAAAAAUUUUAUGCAAGGCGCAAGUCAAAUGCCCAAGGUGCUCUGAAGGUCAUGAUUUACCAGUUUGUACGUCAGAACAAAUGGUAUGCUGUCAUUGUAAACAAAAUCAUUACUCAACUGAGGUAGGUACACCACUAUCAGAAAGAUGCUGUCCGGAAUAUAAAAGGCAAAAAGAAGUUAAGAGGUUAAUGGCAACACACAGUUAUCCGGCAUAUGAAGCCCAUAUGUUAACUACAAACCCAAGCAGAGUUGUAUCAUCCAAUACGCAAGUCUCGCAACAACACUUUCCCUCGCUAAAAAACUCGAAUAAGAUAGAAAACUGUACCAACAUCAAUGCAUCCAACGCUGCAUAUAGACCAUUGAUAGACUAUUCCGAUAUUGUCAAGGGUUCCGGCGAAAAUAGCUAUAAACCUGCGAUAGUUCGUAAGCCAAUUAGAAACGAUGGUAACCGAAAUACGGAAAACUAUAAAAGAAAAAAAGAAAACUCGCCAGAAAGACAGGUGAAACAACAUGAGAGACUAUAUAAAAAGAAAAUAAUUGAACAAUCAACAAGGGAAAAUUCGCAACCCGGUACUAUCAAACCACCCAGCCGGACAUCAAGUUCAAUACCCAAUACCACAAUAGAAGAAGAAGAACAGUUAGUUGUCUCUAGACCAUCGAUGCGAUUAAUUAAUAAAGAACAAAUAUUAUAUUCUGAAGACGAUAUCCCAUAUGAUAAAGAUUACACUCUGGAAUUCCAAGAGUCUGCCCAAAAAUAA